GUUUUUUUUUCUUCCCUGUUUCAGCUGUCAUUUGGAUGUUGAUAUGUAAAGCAAAAUGGCAAAAAUCAACACCCAGCACUCCUACCCCGGUACACACAGGCUGUCUGUCAGAACUACUGAUGACGAUGUUGCCAGGAUUGAAAAUGGCUGCAUCAGAACCCAUUCACUGUGUGAUGAUGUGUCUUCAGAACUGCAGAGAGUCGUUUCUGUGGGGGGAAGACAUGCAUCUGAGUCCCAGACGAGCUCAUUCGCAGGCAGGGGAGCAAUGGCAAGGCUAUCACGAUUUGUCGUAUCUGUGAGGUCAUGGGCUACAAGACAUACACACCAUGAAGACCAAAGACCUGAUUCUUUCUUAGAACGUAUCCAAGGGCCAGAGUUCAUAGAGGUGUCCACUCGGCAAAGUAACAUCCGCUCCUUUCUGGGCAUCCGUGAGCAGCCUGGGGGAGUAAACAGCAAAAAGGAAGAAAAGAAGGAGGUUAAAGAGGAGAAAAAAGAGGAAAAGAAAGAGGAGAAAAAAGAGGAAAAGAAAGAGGAGAAAAAAGAGGAAAAGAAAGAGGAAAAGAAAGAUGACAAAAAAGAUGAUAAAAAAAAGGAAGAGAAGAAAAAAGAAAUCUUUGUGAUAGAUCCUUCAAGCAAUAUUUACUACAACUGGCUGACCAUAAUUGCAGCACCUGUGUUCUAUAACUGGUGUAUGCUAGUGUGCAGAGCCUGUUUUGAUGAGCUACAAGAGGACCACAUUAAAUUAUGGCUGUUUUUGGAUUAUGGCUCUGAUAUCAUUUAUAUUUUUGACACAUUUGUGAGAUUCAGAACAGGCUUCCUUGAACAAGGCUUGCUAGUUCAGGAUGAAAAGAAAUUGCGAGAUCACUAUACCAAAACUUUGCAGUUCAAACUGGAUGUGCUGUCUGUUGUGCCAACAGACGUGGCAUAUCUGAAGUUUGGUUUGAACUACCCUGAGCUGCGAUUUAACCGCUUGCUGAGGAUUUCUCGGCUGUUUGAGUUUUUUGACCGUACUGAAACCAGGACAAAUUAUCCCAAUAUGUUCCGUAUUGGAAACCUUGUCUUAUACAUUCUUAUCAUCAUCCACUGGAACGCGUGUAUAUACUUUGCAAUUUCAAAGCUCAUCGGAUUUGGAACUGACUCUUGGGUCUACCCCAACGUGUCCAUCCCAGAGUACGGGCGCCUGUCUAGAAAGUACAUUUACAGUCUGUACUGGUCAACACUCACGCUAACAACCAUCGGAGAAACACCUCCCCCGGUGAAAGAUGAAGAGUAUCUCUUUGUGGUCAUUGACUUCCUGGUGGGUGUCCUGAUCUUUGCUACCAUUGUCGGUAACGUGGGCUCCAUGAUUUCCAACAUGAAUGCCUCCAGGGCAGAGUUCCAGGCCAAAGUGGAUUCCAUCAAGCAGUACAUGCAUUUCCGAAAAGUGACAAAGGAUUUGGAAGCCAGAGUUAUUAAGUGGUUCGAUUACCUCUGGACCAACAAGAAAACAGUGGAUGAGAAGGAGGUUCUCAAAAAUCUGCCUGACAAGUUGAAAGCUGAAAUCGCCAUCAACGUCCAUUUGGAUACGCUGAAGAAAGUGCGUAUAUUCCAGGAUUGUGAAGCUGGACUUCUCAUUGAGCUGGUGCUGAAACUGAAACCUACAGUCUUCAGUCCUGGGGACUACAUUUGCAAAAAGGGAGAUAUUGGGAGAGAAAUGUACAUUAUUAAAGAGGGAAAACUGGCUGUGGUGGCAGAUGACGGCAUAACCCAGUUUGUAGUCCUAAGUGAUGGCAGCUACUUUGGUGAAAUCAGCAUCCUAAACAUCAAAGGUAGCAAAUCUGGCAACAGGAGGACAGCCAACAUAAGGAGUAUUGGUUAUUCUGAUUUGUUCUGCUUGUCUAAAGAUGAUUUAAUGGAAGCCCUCACAGAAUAUCCAGAAGCCAAAAAGGCUCUGGAAGAGAAAGGGCGACAAAUUCUGAUGAAAGACAAUUUAAUAGAUGAAGAAGCAGCAAAAGCAGGAGCUGACCCAAAAGACUUGGAAGAAAAAGUAGAAAAACUUGAAACAGCUCUGGAUACACUGCAGACCAGGUUUGCAAGGCUCUUAGCAGAAUACACCUCAUCCCAGCAAAAGGUGAAGCAGAGACUGGCCAGAGUAGAAACCCGAGUGAAAAAAUACGGUAGUGGCACCCUAUCGGUCGGAGAAGCAGAGAGUGAAAAACCUGAGGAGGAGAAAAAGCAGUAAUGGAGUAUUUGUACUUCCUCAUUUAUUCAGUGGAGAAGGUUGAAGCCUGUGAAAGCCAUAAAUGUAUGUAAAUAUGUGUGUGCAUACACAGACCUGAUUAUUUUUAUAUGAACUCAAGAGAAUGGGUUUUAGCAUUUUUAACUAAAGCGGUAUUUUCUUGUAAAUAGAACACUGCCAUCUUCUUAGGGGGACACUUGGUCUGGCAUUUGGGUACUUUUUUGUACUGGGAGUGGGUUUCUUACAAGUCAUGCUCAGAAUGUUUACUGUGUGUGGUGUGUGUAGGUCCUGACACAUUGUCUCUUCCCAUCUCUGUUGUGUUAAGCAGGCGUUGUACUUAAAGCAGAAGGGAUUGGGUUUUGUUACAAGCUUCAAAAAAUACUGAAAGGGUACAUGAAUAGCUGUACCUUGCUACCUUAAUAGCUGAUCAAAUGCACAGAUGCUCACCUGGGCUUCUCAGAGUCCUUGUCCUUUCACAGUAAAGCAUCUGCAGAAGUGGUUGGACUACAGCUAAGCAGCAGUAUGUACUUGGCCUGUGCAUGUGUAUGAAACACCCGUGCACACAGAUGCUUUAGUCUGAUUAUUUCUAAUGGGCUGGACUCUACACAAAGGGCUGUGCUAACAAAGUAAGCAGUGCUCAUUCAUGUCCUUUCUGGCAUGGUCUGUGACAGCCUUUGCUGCUCUGCAACUGCUUUACUAAGGGGAGAGAAUGGAAGAUUCACCCCCCUACCUUUUUCAGCACAGCCACAUCUCCACUGGUAAAACCCUUACAUGGAAGAGUCCCCAAAAGCUCACUGGUGAGAGGCAUCUGUAACAGUAUGGCUUCGCUAAACCUGGGCAGAGAACAGAGGCCUCAAUUGUGUGCAGCUCCUGUACUUGAGUGAAUUCCAUCUCAGUAAGUGGUUGGUCUCAGAGGGAGGCUGCUGAGAACCUGCAUGGGCUGGCAGGACAGGCUGUCCCUGCCUCCGGGAGCUUUCUCCCCCAGGGGGGUUUCUGUGAACAUGGAGAACAAACCCUGUGUUCCAUUCCUUCCUCUAGGUCU